ACCUGGACUGUGGAAGAAGGGAGACGAACGUGGCAUGGAGAGGAGAGGGCGUCAAAGAAACCAUUCUUCUUCUUCUUCUUCUUCUUCUAGGGGCUCAAGAUCAACCACCGGCAAAUCCUGGCGCAGAGGUGGAACUAGCUCCGCCGAUUCAGUCCAAAACGCCACCGUUUCUGAUGCUCUCCCCAUCGCAGGCACCUGCACUUUGAUGUGCCCAGAAGCUGAGAGAGCACAACGUGAAAGGCUUCGCGAUUUGGCACCCUUUGAGAGGCUUAAUGGAAACCCAGCUCAGUCUUCACCCUCCAUUGCCGUUAAAAAGUUUUUCAGAACUAUGUCUUCCAAACAAGUUGAACCGUCUGAUGUUCGGCCGCUUCCUGUCUUGGAGGAUACUUUAGAUUACCUCUUGAAGCUGUUUGAUUCGAGAGACUAUCCGUUUGAAGUGGUUCACGACUUCUUGUUUGAUCGGACCAGGUCCAUAAGGCAGGAUCUUAGCAUGCAGAAUAUUGUCGGGGAGAAAGCAAUUCAAAUGUACCAGAAAAUGGUUAAAUUUCAUAUCAUUUCUCUUCAUAAUCUUCGAGGUUGCAGCAGUCAAAAUACUUCUCCAAUGCAUCACCUCAACAUGGAGCAGCUUGCAAAGACCUUAACAUCUCUAUUUAAUCUGUAUGAUGCAAACCGUCAUUCCAAUUCUACUUACGAAAACGAGGCUGAGUUUUGUUCUUUUUAUGUGCUACUUCAUCUUGGUUCUCAUAGCCAACCCAUGGGGGAGUCACUUUCUUGGUGGUUUAGUCAUGUGCCUUCUUCAUUAAUCAAGUCAAAGGAAAUGCAGUUUUCCCGAAAGAUUUUAAGAUAUUUCCGGAUGGGUAACUAUAGACGUUUCUUAAGUACUGUAGCAGCCGAGGCAUCUUAUCUUCAAUAUUGCAUCAUCGAGCCUUAUGUUGAUGAGGUUCGAGUUUUAGCUGUGUCCUGCAUCAAUAGUUGCGGGUACAAGCUUCAUCCAUAUCCUCUGUCACAUUUAUCCAAACUCCUGAUUAUGAAGGAAUCAGAUUUGGUAUCUUUUCUCAAAUCCUGUGGUCUUCAAAUUUGCACGGAUGAAGAUGGACAUAAUUUAUUGCCCUCUAAGCAAACGACCUUUUGUCAUCCCAAGGAUGGGUCUCAAAACUACAGGUUUUGGGGUAUGGAACAAUUUGAGAGUGGGUGCAUGAGCCCUCUCUUGCCCAUAGAUGGGUCUGCCAGUGUCAUAGAGCACCUAGCCAGGUGGCCAGUACCAGUUUGGGGUUGGAGUCAUGCAACCUAGUUCUUUUUCCAUUGAUGGUAGCAAUGAUGCAAGUGUUAAGCUUGCCGGAUGAGGUGUGAUAAUUGUGUAUCCAUGGGAAAGUAACCCCGCACACUUCUUCUGAUCCAUUGUACUAAGGAUUAGGGAUUAGCCAACCUGCUGGUGAGUGUGUUUGCCUGGAGGAAGUGUAGUAACGAACUUGGACUUGAGCUUCAACACCUUGUGCUGUAAAAUGGU